UCUCUUUUGUCAAUUUGCUUAUUUUUUUCAACAGUUUCUCACAUUCUCUACUUUCCAUAACUCAUCUUCUAUCUUUCACCCUUUCCCUUAAAUGCUGCCCCCUUCUGUCUUGCUUUAUUUAUUGCUUUCAUUUGUUUUUCAUAGACUAACUCUUCACUUCAUACUGUGAGCCCAUUGCUAACAUUCUAUCUUUUUUCUGAUUUUUUUUCCCGUGGGUUCUUAAUUUGGUCUUUGGUUACUAAGAGGGAAACCCAUUUUUCUUUCUCCUUCUGUCUCUCCCAAAAGUAUUUAGUUCGUGUGUUUGUCAUGGGAAUCUGUCCUUAGGGUCUUUCUUUUUUGUAGGUAGGGUUUUGGGUUUUCUGGGUAGGUGUUAGGGGUGUGGAUUUUGCAGGGCAGUUAUGGUGAGGAAGCAUGGGUGGCAACUACCUGCUCACACCUUUCAGGUUGUUGCAAUUACUGUGUUCUGCUUGUUAGUGGUUGCAUUUUAUGCUUUCUUCGCUCCUUUCCUUUGGGGGCGCAUCUGGGAAUAUGCUCUGGUUGCAGCUUACUCACUCGUGGCACUCCUUGUUUUUAUACUUUAUGUUCGGUGCACUGCAAUUAACCCAGCUGAUCCUGGCAUCAUGUCAAAAUUUAACGGUGGAUCAAACAAAUUUGAAAACCAAGGUUUGCCAGCGAAGGAUUUACCCAGAAAGUAUGAUGAGUUUGGCAGUGGGCUGCAUUCAUCACCAUCAACUGUUUCCAGAAGUUCCAGGGCAGCACCGAACUCAAGUAUGAAAGGUUCAGUGGGAGAUCCUGGAAAUAUAGAUGCUUCAACACAGUAUGCAAGCAGGAAAUCUUGUUGCAUUGGAGGAAUCUUUUGUGCUUUAUUUGUUCAUGAAGAUUGUGGCAAGCAGGAACCACCUGCUAAGCAAGGCAAUGAAGAUGCUUUGUUCUGCACAUUGUGCAAUGCCGAGGUGCGCAAGUUUAGUAAACAUUGUAGAAGUUGUGAUAAAUGUGUAGAUGGUUUUGAUCAUCACUGCCGGUGGCUAAACAAUUGUGUAGGACAAAAAAAUUAUUUCACAUUCAUCUCUCUCAUGGCCAUCAGUAUUGUUUGGCUAGUUAUGGAAGCUGGCGUCGGUAUUGCUGUCUUAGUUCGUUGCUUCGUUAACGAGAAGGGAAUGGAGACAGAGAUUAUUCAUAGGCUUGGAAAUGGUUUUUCUCGUGCUCCAUUUGCAACAGUUGUGGCGGUAUGUACUGCAGUUUCUGUCCUGGCUUGUGUACCACUGGGUGAACUUUUCUUCUUUCACAUUAUACUAAUCAGAAAGGGUAUCACAACCUACGAAUAUGUUGUGGCAAUGAGAGCAAUGAGUGAAGCGCCUGCUGGAGCAUCUGUGGAUGAGGAAAUGCCGAAUCUGAUGUAUUCUCCAUCUGGAUCAGCUACAACCGGCAUGAGCGGUGGAAGUUCCCUUGGCCUGCAGUACAAGGGGGCAUGGUGUACCCCUCCUAGAGUUUUUGUGGAUUAUCAGCUACAUCAGGAUGAGGUAGUGCCCCAUUUGGAGCCUGGAAUGCUCCCAUCCACUGUUGACCCUGAUGCAGCUGGUUUUGCAGAAAGAGGGAACAAGGGACCCAAAAGGCCUGUUCGUAUUAGUGCGUGGAAGCUGGCCAAGUUAGAUUCUGCUGACGCCAUGAGGGCAGCAGCCAGAGCAAGAGCAUCUUCUUCUGUUCUACGGUCUGUUGAUAACCGUCGAAUGGGAGAUCCUGACCUUAGUUCCAGCGGAAACAUGAGCAUCAGAAGUAGUAUUAGCACAGAUACAGGUGCAAAUAAAGAGAUAAAGAAUGAUCAGCGAUUAUCGCCACUAGGAAACUCUUUUGCUCUGAGUCAAGGUAGCCGUGAUGGGUAUGAAACAGGAACUCAGAGUGUCAGUAGCUUCAGCAGUCCAAGCCACAUUCAUGAGACAGUCACGCUUAGCCCGCUACCUCAACCUCAAGGUGGUCGUUUCAAUAUAGCUACCUCCGCUCUCGACAUGCCAGAUCGUACCUUUAUGUCUAAUGCUCGAUUACCUGAUACCAACAAUCCCGUCAGGCCUGGCCCAUCUGCUUCUGAUGAAAGGGUAAUGCAUAAGGGUGGGACUGUUGAUCCAUUGUUGCUUUCUGCUCCUGCCACUUCCCUUCUUAGAGAUGUCAAAAGGACUUCAGUUGUAUGGGAUCAAGAAGCUGGUAGGUAUGUAUCUGUCCCUGUCACUGCCACUGAUGCUCGGAAUAGGUUAUCCAUGCAAAUGGGUUUGCCAAAUUCUAGUGGAGAAACUAGCACGCAGACUAGAAGGGCAGUUUUUUCAACGCAUGAGUCAUCUUUGGCAGCAAGGGGUCCGGCACUACAGGCAGAGAAGCUAUUGUAUACAGGAGACUCGAUUUUCUUUGGUGGCCCACUUUUGAGUGUCCCGGUUAGAGAUAAUUUGAGAAGUGAUAAGGGUUUGUGUUCAAGGGAAGCUCAAGAAAAUGUAGGUCUGAACUUGCCUCGAGAGUCUAGAUUCAAAAGGGACUCGAUCUCGAACCAACUUCCUGUGUUUGUCCCAGGAGGCUUUGAAAACAACCCCGCCGCAUCUGGUUCUGUCUUCAAGUAGACUUAAACUCCUAACAAAGUCAUCAAGAUUAGCGUGAAAGGACAACAGAGAUCAAAGAAACCUCCUGGACGAGAUGCUUGUGCGCAGGAACCUUGCAGUUUUGAGAUUUUGCAAACUAGAUUAUUGCAUGGUUUAAGCGGUCUCUUCUCAAAUGAUUUAAACGAUUCACCACUGAAAAAGCUCGAAAACUUAAAAUUUCCACAAGAAAAUGUAAAUUCUGUUGGAUAUUGUACUGCUGCUUGUAAGAUGAUUUUUAAGAUUUAUAGUUGAUGGUUAGAAACAUUUGUU